UUGUAAUACUUACCGAUAAACAUUUAACUGCUCUACGCUUUUGAAUAAAUAUUUCUCGUAGGAUACAUGUUAGACAUGUUGAAGUAAAAUGCGGUAUUUUUAUUUAACGAUACUGAUUUUGACGCAAAGCGUUAUUCACGCAGCAAUAUUCCCGAAUUUGAAAACCAAUGUUUUAGAAACUUGGAAUGAAGAUGACAAGACAAGAACUGAUGUCCAAAAAGCAAUGAGACAUUUCCAAAAUAAUAAAGGGGAAAAUAUACAACAGAAGAAUCUAAUUCAGAACAAGGAAUUGAAGAAUGACCAAAACAUAGACGUCUAUUUGGAUUUGCUUGCUUCGAAAUUGGCUGAAAAUGAUCGUAGACGCGCCUCACGAAAAAACUUUUACGGACAUCCUAUAUUUAACGAGUUAAAAAAUAAAAGGCUCAGAAGUUUGAGAAGGCAACGUCUGUCCAAGGACGACUUGUUCGGCGACAGUUCAACAAACACAAAGGAAAGGGAGAGGGGAAAUAAGGAAAUGGAAGAAGCGUGGCUUUUAAAAAAAAUGCAAGCGCUUAAUUCAUCGACAAUUAGGGGGGACGUGGCCAACAUGGCAGCGGCUAGACCAUGGGCCGUACCUUGUGGAGAUCCAAUACAACACGACAUGCCGUGGGGUACCUGCAUGGUUCAAACACAAUGUGAGCCCGAGUAUAGAAUAUAUCGCGGCGACUCCUUCUGUGGACAGACUAGGUUCAUUUGUUGCGCGCUUCAGCCGACUAACUACGAUCUUUAUCAUGCGAUAGACAUUUCGGCGGCCGAAGCGGGCACAAGUUACUCUACAGAUUCUGAUGACGCUUACCGUGACAAAGUAAUGGGAUCACGUGAAGUUAGUAAGAAGAGAGACCGUCGCCAAAGGAGAAACCGUAAAUUGGAUAGAGCCAAGAGAAAAAAGAAAAUGAUAAAGAGUAUUAAAAGGAUAAUACAGGAAAUUAAAGAUAUAUUGAACAAAGCAUAUAGUAACGCGACAACAGUACGACAGAAAAGGACAACAAGACUUCAACAGCUGGUAUAUAAUAUGAAGAAGCAAUUUCGGUUGGAUCGUAAAGCUGUAAUAAGUGCUCAUCAUGCAGAACUGAAGGAUAAAGAUGAGGCUUUUCAAGCGAAGCUGAACGGUGUGAGAGGCCUUAACAACGCGUAUAUGACCAAUGAUACGUUUAGAAGUAUCAUUAUAAAUGGAACGGUUGAUAAAGAGAAGCUUCGGUCAGUACUACAGCAGUAUCCGCAGCUACAGGAAUACAUGAAGGCGGAGAGACGCGUGGAUGGUGGAGAUGCAGAUACAGAGUCAGAUGAGGCGGUAGAUCUGAAACUGAAACUGACGGAUUCGAAGCCUGCAAUGGACGAGUACGAUCUCGAGUACGGAAUGAUAUAUUUUUGAGAAAUAAAUGCUUCACGUACCUUCAUUCA